UUUCGCACGUUCCCGGCCGCAGCGCUCUGACCUCUGCAGGGCCCUUCCCACAACCUCUACUUCUCUGCGGUUUUUUCCCCACAGAGGUCUCCCCCUAGUCGGGGGCGGUGGCCUGAGCCCUUCGGGAGCACGUAGGCGGGGCCGGGAAAGGGAAGGGUGUGGGCUAGUGCCCUCUUCCAACAUGGCGCCAGGGGAGUCGUUCCCACAGCUCUCGCCCGCCCCCCGGGUUCCGGCUCCGCGCGUUUUGGUUCCGGAGUAAAAUCCCCCCCCCCUUCCUCUCUCUCCUCGUACUCCUCUUCCUCCUCCUCCUGGGGCCGCCGCUACCUCCGCCGCUGCAGCUGCCUGGGAACGUUCCGAGCUCGGAGCCGGUCACGGGCUGAGCCCGCCGAGGGUCCCGCACCGGGCUGGGACGGAGCAGCGGGGCUCGGCUCGCUCCUCCUAGUCUCCCUUUGGCUUCCUUUUCCUCAAGGGGCACCGAAGCUACUUCCCCCGAGUCGUCCCCCCUCUCCCGACACCGGGCUGACUCCCAGACCCCUUCAGCGGGGACCCAGAGAGACCUCACCCCGCUCCUCACACGCCUCACAACACAGGCAACAGCCAGCACCCUUUCCCUCCUGGUCACCCUACUAGCCCACCUGUCCACACUUCCAGGGUGACCAGGCCCCCAUUGCCCUGUCACCCAGACUGGGGCUCUAGACGGGCGCUGCAGCCCAGCCCCUCCCCCUCUAAGAACUCUACAUCCCUCUCCCAACCCCCCCUCCUAUUCCCUCCUCCGUCCUUCUCCCAAUAGCCCCCCUCUUCCAUCCUCCUAACCCUCUCCAUCCUCUCAACGCUUUCCUUGUAACUACGUCUUCCUAACCUGUCACUAUCCUCCCAUACCUCUUUUUUCCUUUUUUCUUUCUCCCCCUCUAUCCUCUUCCCCUAUCCAUUCUUCUUCCUUCUCCCUCCAUCCUUCCUCCCCCAUUCCAUCCUUCUUCCCCAUUCUGUCCUCCAUCCUCUUCCCAUCUCUGUCCCCCUCCAUCCUCCUUCCCCCAUCCAUCACCUUUCCCAUUCUUUAGCUCUUCACCCCAUGUUCACGCCCCCAAAGGGGGCAGUGAAUGCUUUUCUUCCACCCCCUACCCCAAGGAUGUGAGCCCAGUGGUCGGUAAUGCUGUGGCUGGCCCUUGGCCCCUCUCAUACCAUGGAGAACCAGGUGCUGGUGAUUCGAAUCAAGAUCCCAGAUGGUGGAGCUGUGGACUGGACUGUGCACUCUGGGCCCCAAUUGCUUUUCCGGGAUGUGCUGGAUGUUAUAGGCCAGGUUUUGCCUGAUGCAACAACUACAGCAUUUGAAUAUGAAGAUGAGGAUGGUGAUCGAAUUACUGUAAGAAGUGAUGAAGAAAUGAAGGCCAUGCUGUCAUAUUAUUAUUCCACAGUAAUGGAACAGCAAGUAAAUGGACAGUUAAUAGAGCCUCUGCAGAUAUUUCCAAGAGCCUGCAAGCCUCCUGGGAAACGGAACAUACAUGGCCUGAAGGUGAAUACACGGGCCGGGCCCUCUCAUCAUAGCAGCCCAGCAGUUUCAGAUUCACUUCCAAGCAAUAGCUUAAAGAAGUCAUCUGCUGAAUUGAAAAAAAUAUUAGCCAAUGGCCAGAUGAAUGAACAAGACAUACGGUAUCGAGACACCCUUGGUCAUGGCAAUGGAGGCACAGUCUACAAAGCAUAUCAUGUCCCAAGUGGAAAAAUAUUAGCUGUAAAGGUGAUAUUGUUAGAUAUUACACUGGAACUUCAAAAACAAAUUAUGUCUGAAUUGGAAAUUCUUUAUAAGUGUGAUUCAUCAUAUAUUAUAGGAUUUUAUGGUGCAUUUUUUGUAGAAAACAGGAUUUCAAUAUGUACAGAAUUCAUGGAUGGGGGAUCUUUGGAUGUGUAUAGGAAAAUUCCAGAGCACGUCCUGGGAAGAAUUGCAGUAGCAGUUGUUAAAGGCCUAACCUACCUGUGGAGUUUAAAGAUAUUACAUAGAGAUGUGAAGCCCUCCAAUAUGUUGGUGAACACAAGAGGACAGGUCAAGCUGUGUGAUUUUGGAGUUAGCACUCAGCUGGUGAAUUCUAUAGCCAAGACGUAUGUUGGAACAAAUGCUUAUAUGGCGCCUGAAAGAAUUUCAGGGGAGCAGUAUGGAAUCCAUUCUGAUGUCUGGAGCUUGGGAAUCUCUUUCAUGGAGCUUGCUCUUGGGAGGUUUCCAUAUCCUCAGAUUCAGAAAAACCAGGGAUCUUUAAUGCCUCUCCAGCUACUGCAGUGCAUUGUUGAUGAGGAUUCGCCAGUCCUUCCGGUUGGAGAGUUCUCCGAACCAUUUGUACACUUCAUCACUCAGUGCAUGAAGAAGCAGCCAAAAGAAAGGCCAGCACCCGAGGAUUUGAUGGGCCACCCAUUCAUCAUGCAGUACAACGAUGGGAAUGCUGAAGUGGUCUCUAUGUGGGUGUGCAGGAUGCUGGAGGAGAGACGGAGCCAGCAGGGGCCUCAGUGAGCAGGGAUAUGCCAGAAAGCAGCUGUGGAAAGGAAAUCCCACCACUGGUUUAAAAAAAAAGAAGAAGAAAGAAAGAAACCUGCAACCUAUCGUAUUGUCAUUAUGUUCACUACAUAGUGUUGUUUCCAAGCACCAGAAGAGCCUUGGACACGUGUCCAUUUCAGCCCUAUGAAAUUACUGAGUGUGAACCUUUUGCUGUCACGUGCCUGACGAGGUGAUGGGCCCAGGGAGCCUGGAUACUCCCAUUCCCUGUAUGGCCUUUUCUGAUAUUUUUUAGCUUUGUUGUAUUUUUUUAAGUGGGAAAGGAGUAGGGGGAGGGGAAAGGAUUGGAACUCCCAGAGAGAAAGAAGCUCAAGUGUGUCAUGUAACGACAAUAAAAGCAUUACAACUAUG